CGUCGUUUGUUGUUUAUCUAUUUUCCCACGGAUCGUUUGCAUGUGGUGAGUGUAGAUGGAAGGUUGACCAAAGUUGCGUCGCUUUCUGAAAAUGGAAGAAGAAGAAAUUGACUUUAAAGUGGAAGCGGGAUUAGUGAUAGAAGACAUUGGAUUUACGGUAGAAUCGAUUAGCAUUUCCAAGAAUCUUCCUUCUUCGCGCGAGUGCGUCUAUCUCAAUGUGUUGACGAAAGAGCGUAAAAGUCUUUGCGUAGAACUUAGCGUCCUUGGAUUUCGGGUUGUUGGAGAUCAGUUUGACAAAAACCAAAAAGGCAUAGAGUCCAAAUAUUAUGAAACAAUGUAUGCCUUGCUAGACACAAUAAGUCCUGGAUACAGUCAGUCAUUUGGCGAGGCACUGGUACGGAAACUAGGUUCACUGCCAGGAAAUGUUAGUGAAGAACCCUCAGAGAUGCCUGACAAAGAUGCUGAUAAAACUCACCCAGUCUCAUCUUGACAGCAAUCAUCAGACAAUAUUCCUACUACUAUUAUCUAAGUACAUGAUUUUUUUUUUAUUGUGAGCUUUAGUUGGUGAUGAAAUGUAAUAAUGAUGCAAUGUUUUAAACUACAUUUUCUUAUUUUUAUAGUCUUGAACUUGGGGAGGAAGGUUUUGUCUCUCAAGGCAGUGUUUUCUUAUUGUAUUAUUAUUUAUAAAUAUUAUGAUCUAAUUAUUAAGGUGUAUUAUUUAUUGUAACAAGUUUGAGGAUUUAUUUGAGGUGAAAUUUUCUUAAGAAAACGAGAGGGCAUUAAAGGCCUUCUGAACAGAUGAUUUACCGAAACAACAUGUUGGUGCACCUGGGAAGUGUGGCAUAUGACUGUAUCUACUGGCUUGCAUGACUAGUGUUGUGGUAAUAAUAAUAGAAUACAUAAUGCCUCAAAAUAGUAUUAAAUUUUUUAUCCAAUGUCAUUUUGAGUCUCAGACAACUUUAAAAAAGUGUAUAAAAAAGUAUUUUUAAGAAUGUUUUGUCUUGAAUAGUUUUAAGCCAAUACAUGAAUUGCACAAUAAUUGGUGCAACUUGAAAGAAAAUAACCAAAAAACUUUCAAGUUCUUCAUCAGCUGAUCAUGAUGAGAUCAGGUCCUAACAAGUAAUUCUGCUGUCUUCUUCAAUGUUAAUCAACAAAUUCUCCUUCCUGUAUGGUCCGUUAUCUUUUUGGUGUGCACCUUCUGCAAACAAAUUUCAGAGAUUCCCAGUUUUUAACUUUUUAUGCUAUUGAAGUUUUUGUAUAUUAGGUACUUUGUUAUUUAAAAUAUUUUUCCAUGCACUGUUAUGAAAAUUUGCACAUAACCAUUAUGUAGACAGAAGGCUGUGUAAGUAGCAUUUUAUAAAUUACAGUGCUGUAUUUGACAUAAUUUUUGUUUGUUAGUCUGUUGGUUCUUAAUUGUUAGCUUGUAUUAAAUACACAGUUAAUACAUAUUUAAAGAGAAUUCUGUAUAAAAAAUGUUGGAAACAGAAUAGUUUACUAUUUUCAUUACUUUAACAUAUAAAAUGUGUGUAACUGCCCUUUAUAGUGUUAAUAAAGAAUUGAACUGAAUUCAA